AUGGAGGGGUCUGGCGACGGUGCCUUCGAUAUCCAUUGGCAGGCACCUAAUGUCGCCGCACAAAUCGGUGGUAUCCGCGCUGCUCUGGAAGCAACCCUCAACCCUCGCAUCGACAACAACGUCCGUCAGGAAGCUCUCCAACACCUCGAACAGCUCAAACAGCAACCCGAUGCUCCACAGUACGGCUUCACCCUCGCCGAUGACUACAGUCUCGACAACGCGAUCAGAUACUAUGGCCUACAGCUGCUGGAGUUCUCGGUCAGGUAUAGGUGGUCACAGUACGGCAAUGCGCAGGUUGAGCAGAUCACGAAGUGGGUGAAGUGCUUGGCGGGGAGUCUGAGGCAGCAGGAUGCUGCGUUCAUACGGAACAAAGUUGCUCAGCUGUGGGUCGAGGUUGCAAAGAGAUGUUGGGGCGAUGGGUGGAUGGAUAUGGACGGGAUGCUGGUCAACAUGUGGGAGCGAGACGUCAACGUUAAGGGCAUGGUCAGCAAAACCUUUGUGCUUUCUGUGCUGGAGAUGCUGAGUGAGGACAUCAUGGUCAAUGAGGACGCAGUGGCUGGGUUGAGGCUGGAAGUGUUGGGCGCAGCUUUGAAUGAGGUUAUGCUGCGACAAAGCUUUUUUGAGCAACAGAAGAGACCCAAGAUGUUGGGUGCAAGACAGGGUGAGCAAGGCUGGUGUUCGAGGAUGUGUGAAUUAUUCGUGGACUGCGUCAAGCAAGCACGGCUCAGCUCAGGUUCAGAAGCGGAGGAGAUGACGGCUUGUGCUAUCAAAGCACUGAACGCACUGCGGCCGACGAUGUCGUGGAUCAGUCUUGAUGCUGCAGCACAUGUUGGCUGCAUCGACUGCUUCUAUUUGCCAUUCCAUACCGACGAUGUUGCCUUACGGACGGCCGCCACCGAGACGAUCCACGCAUUGGCAAUACGGGAGUAUAGACCCAAUUGGCACGAGUCAUGGUCAAUCUUGCAACAGCAGGCAAUGCAAGCUGAUCGUAUUGCUCUGCUACGAGAGACUUUUGACAAACUGGUUUGUGGUCCUGGUGAAGACGACGCGAAGUAUACCCUCAAGAAAAAGAUGUCCGAGCUUCUGUCGGUACUGGCAGAUGGGCUGUCAUCACAUCCGGACCUCCUGGCGAGCGACAAGCUGGACCUGCCUGCAUUCUUCGACUUACUACUGCAUGUGUUGCAGAGCACGAGUCUGGUCGUAUCGAUACCUGUCUUGCACAGCUGGAGUAAAAUGAUGAGUGUGCAAGACAACGCAAUCAUUGACAUGGUUCUCCAAGCCCUAGGCACGCUAAUACAGACGUGCAGCGAGCGACUUUUGCGGUACGAGAAUCUACCUGUAGACACCAACGAUGAGAUCGUGGAGUUCCUGAACGAAGAUUUUGAUACCAUGCCAGAGAGGCACGCUUUCUUGGGCAAUUACCGACGCUAUUGUUCAGGCAUCAUCCAGUCAAUUGGGCGCUCCCGGCCCAUUGAAGCCCUACAACAUGUUCUCGAGCAGAUGCGAAACAUGCUGCAGAAUGGACCAUACACUGGCGGACGAGGCUUCAACCCGGAGACUUGGUCGAAGAAUUCCCCAUCGGUCCUGCAGUUCGACGCACAGUUCAACGUCGUCGCAAGCGCACUCAAAGGUUUCUCGUUAUGGUGUGUAGACGUGUCAAGCCUUGGUCAAGACGAGCCCCUGUACACCAAAGCAGAGUCCGACCGUGCGAAUGCGGAGCAGGCAAUUCAAGAAUGGAGCUAUACUGUCAUAUCCAUUCAUGUCGACGAUCCUGAGGUCGCAGCUCAGGUUCUGCAGACGCUGGUCACGGUGCUGAGAAUCGUCAAGCCAAGAGCAGACUUCGUCCUGCAUGUAGUACAGCAUCUUCUGACCAUGCGGUUAUAUGAUGACCCUGCCCAUCAGUCUUUCUCCGAUGCCGUGAAGUCAUUCGAAGUUUUGAGGGUCAUUGAGUUGCAGAAGCUGGCUCUGGUACAUGCAGACGAGCUAUUGGAGGUUUACUCGGAACUGGAGCCGCGGAUCGGUGUCCUAGCAGAGAAGAACAGCGACGAUCCACGCCUCGUCUGGGGUUACAAAGCCUUCUUGUUCAUGGUGAUUCACCGUGCCAAGGGCGUAGACAGAACAAUACGGAUGGCCCGACUACAGCAAAUGGUCAAGCCAGUGUACGAUGCCUGGCAAGACCCAGGCUUGACGAGCGCAGUGGGCUCUCUACAAAGCACAUGCGAUAUGCUUGGUAUGGGCGAUCUGCCUGAGUUCUACCAAACGUACCGAUUCGACCAAGCGCAAAAUUGGUCGACGCAGCAGUUGGAUGAGAAAGGGCAAGCCAAGCAGCAACGUAUCAAGGAGCUGAACGAUCGACUACCGCUACGUAUGACCAAGAGCAUGCUAGCAGUCACGACAGAGAAGCUGAAGCCAGGCAGCGAAGAGUCCGAAAUCGCAAGCGCGAUGUGGGACGACAUCGUUCCGGUCGUCCUCCCGAGUCUGCUACAGAUGGUACGGCAAGCACAGGCCUUUCACAAUAUGGACAACUGGGCACAAUUACCAGAUGAGCUCCAGAUGGUCGUCAAGCGGACGCUUCAAGAUCGAUUCUGGCAAUCAGGAAUCUCGAGUGAGAGCAAGGACGAGUUCUAUGCCCGAAUUUCUGGUUCGAAGACGUCGUAUGAAGGUUUUGCCUCCGUCGUACGUGGCACGAUGCGCAAUCUGCGCGAGCAGGGCUACCACAUCUUGUACCUCAUGACGAAGUUCGACGAGCGUUUCUACUCAGUGCAUGAUCUAGCGAAGCCAUUAGCAGAUGCACUCUUUGCGGACGCAGAGUGCUUAUCAGCAAAUCAUCUGCACCCGCUCAUCAAUCUUGCGACUGGACUCGUGUCGCGAUGUCCACCGCAUCAUCGGCCGAGUUUCCUACCACCUAUUCUUAUUCAGCUCUUUACCAAACUAGACGGCAAGAUCAGCGCAGAGUGGGCGGCAAUCAACGCGUCGAAUGACAGUAGCGCGCGUGAGGACGAUGAGCUAGGCGACGAGAUGCGUACAGAAAGCGUCUUGCGACAGCUUACCUACAGCAUGGUCUCGUUCGUCGCCUUCCUUCUCGAGUUCGAUCGUCAGCCUAAUUCACCUGCCAAUGGUACGAACGGCCACGACGCCUCCAAACCUACACUGCACGACCUCGUCCUCUCAGAGCCAUCAAUACUAGAGCCAAUGCUGCUUUACUGUACACACGCUUUGCGCAUGCGAGACACGCGAUGUUGCACGACCAUAACGAAAGUCUUCAAGACCAUUAUUCCCCUAUUUCAAUCCAAUACUGCGCCUGCGCCUCAGGUGCGCGAGUUCAUCUGCACCGAGGUGCUCAAAGCUUGCAUCACUUCUCUGAACGAACCAUACUUCGCCGACAUGCAGAAAGACUUGGCCGCGCUCAUCGCACAAAUCAUCCUGCUAUACCAACGGCAAACGAAUACUCCGCGCGAUGUCCUGCUGUCCCUUCCAGAUAUGACUGCACCCCGGGUCGACAAGGCUUUCGCCAAGAUUGCGAAAGCUACCAGUGAGCGACAGCAGCGAUCACUGGCCUUGGAGCUGCUGGAGGGCGUAAGGGGUGUCAGUAUCUACGAAGCGGGCAAGAUCGCGCGCGAAACGCCGAAGAAGAAGGAUAAUGCUUUGCAGCAGUAUAUGGAGGUUGAGCAGAGACCUACGAUUGCGCAGGGAGACGAAGCUGGGCUGGACGGAGUGGCAGGACUGUUCGACGAGGUUUGA